UGCUCGCUUUCAUCGUCGACAUGGUGACGAUCAGACUUUUGUGUGCGUACGUUUAGACUUUAAACUUAUUCAAAGCCACAAUGAACGAGCGCGAGUUAGACCUGACACCGGCGCAGAUCGCCGUCAAGUCUAAAUACCCGCCGAUCAACAGGAAGUAUGAAUAUUUGGAUCAUACAGCAGAUGUACAAAUUCACUCCUGGGGAAACACUCUGGAAGAAGCCUUCGAGCAGUGUGCCAUGGGAAUGUUCGGCUACAUGACGGACACCGAGACGGUGGCACCGGUUGAUACAGUCGAUGUGGAGUCAGAGGGUGAAGAUAUGGAGUCUCUUCUCUUCCAUUUCCUAGAUGACUGGUUAUACAAGUUUAGUGCAGAUCUCUUCUUUGUUCCCAGGGAGGUCAAAGUAUUGCACAUAGACAGAAUGCGCUUCAAGAUCCGCUCCAUUGGAUGGGGUGAAGAAUUCUCUCUGGAAAAGCAUCCACAGGGAACAGAGGUGAAAGCCAUCACAUACUCUGCAAUGCAGGUCCAUGAUAAAGAAAAAUCAGAGAUAUUUGUUAUUAUUGAUAUCUGACAAGAGCUUCUGAGGGAAUAUCCGACCUCUGGUUCAUUUUACUGGAAGAUCUACACCGCCAAUAUGAGGGGCUUAUUUGUCUAAGGCACUUAUUAUUGACUUGUAAAUGGUUUUCUACAUCUGGGGUGGACUGCUUAUUAACUUUAUGUGACAGGCUACAGAUUGAUUAUAUGACACUGAUGUAUAUCAUAUGAUAUAUAAUUUAAUUAUCACAUAACUUUAAAUAAGAAACAGGAAUAAUGGAAGUCAUUAUUGAUUGAAAAAUUGAUUUAUUUUUUGUCCACCCAGUUUAACUUGCCGUGUUUUUGCAAAUUCAAAUAUAUACAAUACUGGAAAUUGUGUUGAUGCCUUAUUGAUCAUAGUAGUUAAAUAAAAUGUUUAUUAUUCCUGUGAUAACGUGAUCGCUUGGGCUUUAAAAUAAAAUUUAUAAAUAAAUAAUAAAACUUAA